UCCAAAUAAAUUUCACUAGAAAUAAUUUGGGGAAAAGAUAAUCUCGUCGUCGCCCUAGGGAUCAAGAUGUCGCCUCCUCCGAGCUGGUUCAUGGAGAAUCAAGGGGAAGUUUAUGAAGGUCGGCGUAGAGGAUCGGAAUCGGACGAAGAGCUGAAGGGGCUGAGCUACCAGGAGUACCGGAGGCUCAAACGGAUCAAGAUGAGGAACACUGGUAGGUUCUGCAUCUGGAACAACACGCCGAGUCCACCGAGAGAUCCGAACGAGGAUGAGAACGCCGAUGAUGAUGAUGAUGAUAACCUGACGAAAGCGAAAGGCGAAUCUGAUUCCGGUAAGUCGCAAUCUGAAACUGACCGAUCUAGGAAGCGUAGAGGGAUGAGAUCUUAUGAUAGCGAUAGCGAAUCUGUAGGGAGUGAGAGUGAUUCUGAUAAGGAAGAUAGGAGACAACGUAGAAGGAAGAUUAAGAGUAAGAGGUCUAGGAGAUCUUAUGAUAGCGAUGGUGAAUCUGAAGAGAGUGAGGAAGAUAGGAAGAAAAGCACAAGUAUUAGGAAGAAGAGAAGAUACAGUGAUUCUGAUGAGAGCAGCGAUGCAUCUGAGAUUAGUGCUUCCUCGUCUGGUGAUGAACAACACACCAAGUCAAAGAUCAAGAGGCGGAAGAAGCUCUCAGGCGAUGGUUCCGACGAGGGACGAAGAAGUAAGAAGAAGAAAAGAAGCAGAAGUAGUAGAAAGAGGCCAGGACAUACGAGGAAGAGCAGCGACAUUAGUGCUUCUGGGGAAGAACGUAGCAAGUCAAAGAGCAGGAGGCGUAAGAAGCUGUCAGGCGAUGGUUCUGACACUGAUCUGAAGGCGAAACUUGAAGAAAAGGUGAAGGAUACUGAGCUUGACGAAGAGGAGUUGAAGAAGUUCAAAGAGAUGGUUAAUGAAUCAAAGAAGAAAUCUUUAGCUCCUGAAGAUGAAGAAGAAGAAGCUGAGGUAGGUCCAAUGCCGCUACCUAAAGCUGAAGGACACAUCAGUUACGGUGGUGCGUUAAGACCCGGUGAAGGAGACGCUAUAGCACAGUACGUUCAGCAAGGGAAGCGUAUCCCACGAAGAGGAGAAGUGGGUCUUAACGCUGAUGAGAUUCAGAGGUUUGAGGAUCUUGGGUAUGUCAUGAGUGGGAGUAGGCAUCAAAGGAUGAAUGCUAUUCGUAUCAGGAAGGAGAACCAGGUUUACAGUGCUGAAGACAAACGUGCGUUGGCUAUGUUUAACUAUGAGGAGAAGGCCAAGCGUGAGGCUAAGGUGAUGUCUGAUCUUUCGAGGCUGGUGCAGCGCCAUAUGGGAGAGGAGUUGGGUCCGAAUCAUGACCCUUUUGGUGCUGGAAAGGCUGAUGGAGCUGACGACUGAAUGGGGACAUACAGAAGCUGCUGCUCCGCUCUGCUUUUGAUGCUUCAUCCUACUUCUUUGUCUCUCAGCUAUCUUUGGUUAUGUUUUUUUGUUACCCCGUGACAAAAUAUUGUCUAUACGCUGCGUGAAGCUUUUCUACAAACGUAUGUUUCUUCAUCGUCUUUGCGUGUAGUUUGUGACCGUGUUGUAGAGACGACGUUUUGCUAUCUUGUUUUGGGUUUUAAUAUUGUUCUUGUUUUAGUAGCUUUUGUCUUAAA